UGGCUCUCUCUCUCUCUCUCUCUCUCUCUCUCUCUCUCUCUCUCUCUUUCUCUCUCUAACACUAUAUACAUUAUACAAUUUUAACUUCCGAUCACUCAUCGGAGAAGGAAAGAGGAGUCAGCCGUCGGAAAACCGCACCGGAAGAGGAAGCAUUUCUGCUCCGCCUUUUUGUGCUUCGCAAAACGACGUCGUACGAAUAGAAAAUAUGGCUGCUGCUAGUGUACGGUAUGCGCCAGAGGAUCCCACCCUCCCAAAACCAUGGAAAGGACUGGUUGAUGGUAAAACUGGAUAUCUUUACUUCUGGAAUCCAGUGACCAAUAUAACCCAAUAUGAGAAGCCUGUUGCCCCGUCAGAUGCAAUCUCUGUACCGUCAAGCAAAUCUUUGGAUUCGUCGGUUCAGAAUUCCCAGGAACAGAGCAGCAAAAAUGAAGAUGGAGAUGCAUAUAAGCAAGGAAGUGAUGGUGGCGCAGCGAAUUGUUAUUCUGGAGCAGGAACUAAGCAAGAAAGUGAUGGUGGUUCAGCGAAUGUUUAUUCUGGAGCAGGAACUCAACAGAGUGCCAAAAACAGCUCAGAUUAUGCACCGAAUCAUCAAGAAGUGAAAGCCAGUGCUGGGCCUGGACCAAAUGCAUCUAACGGUGCAGAAGCUGCUUCGGCUGCUGAGUCUUAUCGUCGUCGUCAUGAAAUUACUGUUUCUGGAGAAAAUGUUCCCCAUCCUUUCACCUCAUUCGGAGCUACUGGUUUUCCUUCAGAAAUUCUAAGGGAGGCACAGCGUGCUGGCUUUUCUGCUCCAUCUCCAAUCCAGGCACAAUCAUGGCCAGUUGCUCUUCAAGGCCGUGAUAUAGUAGCCAUUGCCAAGACAGGAUCUGGCAAGACUUUGGGUUACUUGAUUCCUGGAUUUAUUCAUCUGAAGCAAAGGCGUAAUAAUCCCCGAUUAGGUCCAACGGUUUUGGUGCUCUCACCCACAAGAGAGUUGGCAACUCAGAUACAAGACGAAGCUGUGAAGUUUGGACAAUCAUCUAGGAUAUCUUGUACAUGUUUAUAUGGAGGUGCUCCUAAAGGUCCUCAGUUGAAAGAGAUAGAAAGAGGUGUGGAUGUUGUGGUGGCUACUCCUGGUCGAUUGAACGACAUUCUCGAGAUGAAGAGAGUUAGCCUCCAUCAAGUGUCGUAUUUCGUAUUAGACGAGGCAGACAGAAUGUUGGACAUGGGUUUCGAACCCCAGAUAAGAAAGAUUAUGAAAGAGGUGCCUUCUCGUAAGCAAACCCUGAUGUACACAGCAACAUGGCCAAAGGAGGUGCGGAGAAUCGCAGCUGAUUUACUGGUCAACCCUGUUCAGGUCAACAUUGGGAAUGCCGAUGAGCUUGCUGCAAACAAAUCUAUAACCCAGCAUGUUGAAGUUUUAUCACAAUCGGACAAGCGUAGGCGCCUGGAACAGAUAUUGAGAUCUCAAGAACCAGGAUCAAAGAUUAUUAUUUUCUGUUCUACAAAGAGAAUGUGCGAUCAACUUGCAGAUAACUUGAGCCAUCCAUUUGGAGCUGCUGCAAUUCACGGAGACAAAUCUCAGGGCGAGAGGGAACAUAUUUUGAGUCAAUUUCGCACAGGAAGAUCUCCAGUCCUUGUAGCCACUGAUGUUGCUGCUCGUGGUCUCGACGUUAAGGAUAUAAGGGUGGUGGUAAAUUAUGACUUCCCAACCGGAGUAGAAGACUAUGUCCACAGAAUCGGAAGAACUGGGAGAGCUGGUGCCACCGGAGUGGCUUAUACUUUCUUCGGCGACCAGAACUCAAAGCAUGCCUCUGAACUUGUCAAAAUUCUCGAAGGAGCAAAUCAAAAUGUUCCCGCCGAACUCCGUAAUAUGGUCUCAUAUGGCGGCGGUGGUGGUGGAAGGCGGCAGUGGGCCCCUUACGGACAAGAUUCGGAUUCCGGUGGAAAUUACAAUUCUUCCUACAGUGGAAGUGGUGGAGGAAAUGGUGGUUGGGGUAACUCAUCAUCCUCAGAUAAGGGUUUCUCCGGAGGUUAUAACAGUGAGCAGCAGCAAAAUAGGUAUGAUUCUGGAUCCUUUGGAAAUGACACAAGUGCCACUGGGGGGAGUUUUCACGAGCGUAUGAUGGCUGCUCCGGAUAACUCUGGCAGAUCUCGUAGUCGCAGCCCCGAGAGAUUUGGUUGAGCGGGCCCCACCUAGCCCAGUUUCCAUGAACUGGGUGCAUUUUGUCCUUCGCCAUGCUUUUGACAUUCUAACCAACUUUUUUGCUUUCAAGUGUUGUCAUUGCUCGUUGGGGGGAUUUAUCUUUUUGUUUGCAAGACCUUAAAUACUUUUCGGUCAGAAAAAUCCCCCCACAAAAUGAUGAAAAAGCCUAACUCUAUCUAAAGUUGCUACACUUUUUGCUAGACGUGUUUCGUAGGAUGUAGACAGAAAUGCUUACUACCAUGGAUUUCUGUUGUAAAUCUCUAAUUAUAUGGUUGGUAGAUAAACUCAUCACUCUUUUGUUGCUUCAAAUUAUCGUAAGUUAUGGAGAUUCAUUCAUGUGAAAGUGAGAUGGGACACUUGCUUCUUUU